GAAGCGAGGACUCCGGGGACGUGGGGGAAAGCUCGGUCCCCGCCUCCCCACCCACCCCGCGAGAUGCAGCAGCUAGAGCUCACCGCGAUCGCCGGCUUCCCAGCCACCAGCUCCCGCCCACAAGAAACAUGGCCGCCGGAGCGUCGGCUGCAAUACUACGACGGCUCUCGCGAGACUUGGAUCUCCCUAUAUCCGGCGCUGUUUGGGCCGCUUCCGGCCUCUUGGCUCCCAGCUCGUGGGUGGUGAAGGUGCAACUUCUUUCGGUCGUCCCGAAUCCGGGUUCAUCCGACACCGAGCAGCCACCCCGCAGCCUUCAGGCCGAGCCUCCACUUUCGUCGCAGCCAUGCCGCCCAAGUUUGACCCUAAUGAAAUUAAAGUCGUGUUUUUAAGGUGUACUGGUGGUGAAGUUGGUGCCACAUCUGCCCUGGCCCCCAAAAUUGGUCCCUUGGGUUUGUCUCCAAAAAAGGUUGGUGAUGACAUUGCCAAGGCAACUGGUGACUGGAAAGGGCUAAGGAUCACAGUGAAACUUACCAUUCAGAAUAGACAGGCCCAGAUUGAGGUAGUGCCUUCUGCCUCAGCCCUGAUCAUCAAAGCCCUAAAAGAACCACCUCGGGACAGAAAGAAGCAGAAAAAUAUUAAACACAAUGGAAACAUCAGUCUUGAUGAAAUCAUCAACAUUGCCCGACAGAUGAGACACCGAUCCCUGGCAAGAGACCUCUCUGGAACCAUUAAAGAGAUACUUGGAACAGCUCAAUCUGUGGGCUGUAAUAUUGAUGGCAGACAUCCUCAUGAUGUCAUUGAUGACAUCAAUAGUGGGGCUGUGGAAUGCCCAGCUAGUUAAGCCACAAGUGGAGACUAUUGCAAUAAAUUAACAUUUGACAACAGA